CGACCUGUCUAAGCGAACGCUCGCUUCCUCCUCAUCGCCCACCCAGCCAGCUGCCAUCGUCAUCUGCUGCUUCACCCCGCUGCUCCAGCCUCUACCGCCUAAUGCGCGUCCUCGCUGUCCUGCUCGCGCUCGCUCCCUCGGCGGCGCGGGCCUGGUCGACAUCCUUCAACCUCACCGACACGUUCUACUUCCAGGCCGCAGACUCUUCCUUCUUCUCCGUCUCCCUCUCCGGGGCUUCCGUCUCGAAUGCCUCACUCUCAGACAACAUCGACGCCGGAUCAGUCUCGCGUCUGUCCACCCCGCCUUCCAACGGCUCUGUCAUCCUCGGCCACGACAAAACCGUCUACGCUUUCCAUGGCGAGUGCAACUCCUCCCUCGGCGUGUCCUCCUACAGCGUCGACGACGAUUCUUGGUCCACCAUCUCUGUUGACUCGUCUGAUGCUCUGCCCGACUACAGUUCGGGUGCCGUCUACUUCGUCGACCUCACCACCGAGUCCUUGGUCUACAUCUUUGGCGGCUCGUGUUCAGCUUCUUCCACCUCCAACUCUGAAACUUUCUACAGCUCGCUCUCCGCUUACAACACGACCUCUGCUGCCUUUGUCGACGUCGACAACACAAAUCCUCCCGUAGCUCUUGCAAAUGCAUCAGCUCUGACUGCCGGGUCUUAUGCCAUCCUCUUCGGUGGUGUAGCCGAAGAAGGCUGGAUCGGCAUGUCGCAGCUCGCCGUGUGGGAAGCCUCAUCCUGGUCCUACAAGUCAGUCUUGAACUCCUCCAGUAUAGACAGCCGGACAAACCCGCUCGUUAUUCUUUCUGAUCUCGCCGACUACGCGGUAGUCAUCGGCGGAUACGUCGACGGUCGCGCGGCGGAUCCAAAUCUUGCUGUAGUCAGCCUCUCGACAUCGUCUUCUUGGAGUUGGUCUGAGCCAAGUAUCGACGAUUUCCCAGGCUCCAUCUUAGGGGCCGCAAUGCUGCCUGGAAAUGUCCUAGUGGCAAUCACGAACGAUACCGACCCAGACGUUGUUCUGCUAAACACGACCUCAUGGACCUACCUAUCCUCCUACUCCUCCUCGACUCUCAAAACGGGCAAGACCCUGGAUUCUGCUGCAUCUGCAACAUCAACCUUGACAACGACCGUGACAACUCACUCUGGCCUCUCUCGGGGCUCGGUCGCUGCCAUUGCUACUCUGUCAGUGAUUGCCGGCCUUGUGACUGCGUAUAUAAUAUACUCUUAUAUCGCUAAGCGCAGGCGUCGCAGACGACCGCUGGGUCCCCUGACGCCGAAUUCUGACCAAGGAAUCUUUCUCCCGUCUAGAUUUGACGAGAAGCCACUCGACGACAGCGAUAACAACAGUGUCACGACUUGGGAGGAGAAGCGACAAACUUGGAUCAAGAAAUAUUCAGGCGUUCCAUUCAAUGCUAACGAUCCGAUCGUGGCUGGUGUCGACUCUCUGGCCGCCAACAUGUCUGGCAAUAACUCGGUUAACUCUGACGAGCCCAUAAUGAUGCGCAUUCCAUCACCUGCUACGACUCCAUUUGCCGAUACUCCACACGACAGGCUAAAUCAGCGGUCUACAAGUUUGACGAGUGGCCGGAGUAAUACGGUUCGCUCUACUGAAAGCGAUAGCGCCGAUUCGCACACUGACCGGUCGGAGUCCUCAACUAUCUUCGGCAUAAGUCGGAAAAGUAUACGAUCAUUUCGACAUUCUGUCCGGUCGACUUCGUCUACUGCCUCGUCUGUCUCUGCGGGCGGCUUAGGACUGACCGGUGGUCGCUCCCGAGCCUUCAGGAGACGGGUGAGCGGCGGUGGUACAUUACAGAAUGGCUUGGGCAUCAAAGAGAUGAAUCAUGGAAGUAUAGAGCGAAGUUUGCAGGAGAGGCAAGGUCGCGCCCAUGCCGGUGCGCAUAAUGAUGACGAAGACGAGGAUCUGUAUGAGCUAUUCAAGGACCGCGAGGUGCAGGUGCUUGUAAGCACGAAACGGAAGGGAAAGCUACGAAUCACCAAUCCAGACGAGGAUCAGGAACCAGUACAUCGGUCAGCAAGUCAGUCAACCCUCUCUCCUUUGCCACCUGCAAAGCUCAGCUCAUCAGGAAGCACGAGGACACGGUGGUUGACGGGUAAUCAAAAUGAUAAUUCAGGCUACUCGCAACUGUAAUUUUGUUUUUGUUUGGUUUAUUUUUUGGUUGUAAUCUCUGUACAGUUAUGUAUAUAAGGUCGUGUGUUGGUGUUAUUUUCUAGUCGGAUAUUUUUGAUUAUUCGAGCCUAAUAAUGUUAUGAAGGAAGUUUUGUGGUGUUUGUAUCAUUUCAAUAUAUCAAAAUAUUCAGGAUCAGCUUUUCGAGGUUGGCAAAGUUUAUUGAGCGGA